UACCGUUUCUCGCAUAAUUUUGUCGGGAAGCACGUUAAAAAUGCCAAGCGCCUCGUUCACAUCAUCGCGCAAUUACGUGCGGAGAUCCCGGAGAAAAGGCGCGAACAGGAUUCCUCUGCCUUCGAGAACCACCUCGGCCGAGCCAUGCGACUUGCCAUGUUCAGCAUCAAAUCAGAUACCUCCUGGUGGCGGAGUCGGUGGUGGAGGAGGAGGAGGAGGAGGUGGAGGUGGGGGUGGAAGCGGUGGAAGAGGAUCUUCCCCAAGUGUCUCUGGUGUUGCAGCACCAUCACCUUCCCCGUCACAUUCACAUUCUUCUCCAUAUGACUUAAGGCGUAAAAGUCCACCUCACCCAGAUCCUGCUCCUGGUACUAGCUCUGCUUUACCUCCGUCGGGUGGUAGUAGUAUCGGUGCCACUCUUGGUUCUUCCUCCCUACCAGCAAGAAAACGACCUAGGCGGACGUGUUCGUUAUCCACGGAUGGUACAAACACAAACACAGCAGCGCAUUACCUCCAGUAUGAGUUACCAGACGAAGUGCUGCUUACUAUAUUUAAUUAUCUAAUGGAGCAAGAUCUAUGCCGUGUCUCGCAAGUUUGCAGACGUUUCCAAGCGAUUGCAAACGACACCGAACUAUGGAAGUCCUUGUACCAGCAAGUUUACGAAUACGACUUACCACUAUUUAAUCCUGCACCUUGUAAAUUUGAAUUCGUAUCCCCGGAUGAGUCAGACUAUGCAAAUCCAUGGAAAGAGAGCUUUAGACAAUUAUACAGAGGGGUGCACGUUAGGCCAGGAUUUCAGGAUUUGAAGUUCAAAGGACGACAUUUGCCAUACUUUAAUACUGUUCAGGGAGCAUUAGAUUACGUAGAUGAAUAUAGAAGCAAUAGUGGUUCCUCGUCAAAUAAUAGCACAACCACGAGCGGUCAAGGGAAUUGUUGCGGAAGUAAUUCUCAGUCAGCGGAGGAGGCGCCACAACAUUUAGUUUUCUUACACGCUGGAAUCUAUAGAGGCGAAUUUCUCGUGAUCGACAGCGACGUUGCAUUGAUCGGUGCAGCACCUGGAAACGUAGCGGAGUCUGUUAUAUUGGAACGAGAAAGUGAAUCUACAGUUAUGUUUGUAGAAGGAGCAAAACGAGCUUACGCCGGUCAUCUCACGUUAAAGUUUACGCCAGAUGUUACUAGUACAGUGCCGCACCAUAAACAUUAUUGUUUAGAAGUUGGUGAAAACUGCAGUCCCACAGUGGAUCAUUGUAUUAUUAGGAGUUCAAGCGUUGUUGGAGCAGCUGUUUGCGUGUCGGGCGUUGGAGCCAAUCCUGUGGUAAAGAAUUGUGACAUAUCGGAUUGCGAAAACGUUGGACUUUAUGUCACCGACUAUGCCCAAGGAACUUACGAAGACAAUGAGAUCUCUAGAAACGCGUUAGCUGGAAUUUGGGUGAAGAAUUACGCUAAUCCCAUAAUGCGGAGGAAUCAUAUUCACCACGGAAGGGAUGUUGGAAUAUUCACGUUCGAUAACGGUCUCGGAUAUUUCGAAGCUAACGAUAUUCACAAUAAUCGAAUAGCGGGUUUCGAAGUAAAGGCUGGUGCUAAUCCAACGGUUGUACAUUGUGAGAUACACCAUGGACAAACAGGCGGAAUAUAUGUCCAUGAAAACGGUUUAGGUCAAUUUAUUGACAACAAAAUUCACUCGAACAAUUUCGCCGGCGUUUGGAUCACCUCCAAUUCGAAUCCGACGAUUCGUAGAAACGAAAUUUACAAUGGUCACCAGGGAGGAGUAUAUAUAUUUGGAGAGGGAAGAGGCUUGAUAGAACAUAACAAUAUUUACGGUAACGCCUUAGCUGGCAUACAGAUCAGAACUAAUUCGGAUCCCAUAGUUAGACAUAACAAAAUACAUCACGGUCAACACGGUGGUAUAUAUGUACACGAGAAAGGUCAGGGUUUAAUCGAGGAGAACGAAGUAUAUGCCAACACUUUAGCAGGUGUCUGGAUAACCACGGGAUCGACACCGGUUUUAAGAAGGAAUCGUAUUCAUAGCGGUAAACAAGUCGGAGUUUAUUUUUAUGACAAUGGACACGGCAAACUAGAAGACAAUGAUAUUUUCAAUCAUUUGUAUUCGGGAGUACAAAUAAGGACUGGAAGCAAUCCAGUGAUACGUGGAAAUAAAAUAUGGGGUGGACAAAACGGUGGCGUUCUUGUGUAUAAUAGCGGAUUAGGUUUACUCGAACAAAAUGAGAUUUUUGAUAACGCGAUGGCAGGAGUUUGGAUUAAAACGGAUAGUAACCCUACAUUAAAAAGAAACAAAAUCUUUGACGGGCGAGACGGUGGAAUUUGUAUAUUUAACGGUGGUAAAGGUGUUCUCGAGGAAAACGAUAUAUUUCGUAACGCUCAAGCGGGAGUGCUUAUUUCUACGCAGUCUCAUCCAGUCUUGAGGAGGAAUCGAAUUUUCGAUGGUUUAGCAGCUGGCGUUGAAAUAACAAAUAACGCGACUGCUACGCUAGAAUUUAAUCAAAUUUUCAAUAAUAGAUUUGGUGGUCUAUGCUUAGCGAGCGGAGUUCAACCAACGACUAGAGGCAAUAAAAUAUUUAAUAAUCAAGAUGCAGUCGAGAAAGCGGUUGGAAACGGCCAAUGUUUAUACAAAAUUUCGUCGUACACCUCGUUCCCUAUGCAUGAUUUCUAUCGGUGCCAGACAUGCAAUACUACAGAUCGUAACGCAAUUUGUGUUAACUGUAUAAAAACCUGUCAUGCUGGACACGAUGUAGAAUUCAUCAGACAUGACCGAUUCUUUUGUGACUGUGGUGCUGGAACAUUAAAUAAUCAGUGUCAACUUCAAGGUGAACCUACGCAAGAUACAGACACGUUGUAUGAUAGUGCAGCACCGAUGGAGUCGCAUACACUUAUGGUCAACUAGGAACUAACCUAAACUAAAUAAAACAAUCAAACGUCACUGAAACAGCCUGUAAGUCCAACACAUUGCAAACAAAACUUUGUUGCUGAGUUCUUUAUUACGACACUUGUUCCUUCGCGUCCCCGUUGUGAUUGUUAUUUUUUUAAAGCUAUCGUUAUUGUUAACAUAUUCCAAUUAACGGCAAUUUCAUCAUCAUUAUUAUCAUCAUUAUCGUUAUCGUCAUAUAACCGUUCAUCUCAUUUUCAUCAUCAUCGUCAUCGUGGUGCUCAAACUUAUCACGAUCAUAUUUGUCAUUGCGAGAACACGUCCAUGACUUUGUAAGCGUCGAAUCGUGUCAUCGACAUCGUUGUCAUCAUAAUCAUCUAUCAUCAUUCAUCGUCGUCGUCGUCGUCGUCAUUACCGUCACCAUCAAGAGAUAGUAUAUUUUAUAUUAAUAAAUUAGUACUCUAUAUUGACGUUUAAUUUAGUACAUACGGAUAUUCGUUAUUGACGUUCGUGUUUGUCCAGAUAUCGAGAAUCGAUAAACGAAGAUCCAGAUAUAUCUGACGUAACGCAAGUAUUAUCGGGAAGAAGGAAAAUUGUUAGGAAACUGUUUUUCUUGAUUAAAAUCUCAUCGUUAAAAGCGGUUUCGCCAAGGUCAAGGCUCAAAUUCGCCCGUGAUUAUCUAAUAAAGAACUCUGCAACGAAAAAAUAAGCUUCGACGAACACAAUUUAAACAAGUGACAAAGUGGAUUUCUGAUAUAAACGAAACCUAAUAAUUAAAUAAACGUUAAAUUUAUUUAAACGUGUAAUAAAAGAAAGCCACGCGUAAUCGUUAAUCGAUCGAAAAAGAACACAUAAUAAACUCCCCGCGUGGAAUUCGUUUCAUUAAGUUUCCUUAAUUUUUAAGUUCAUACGUAAAGCGAAAAAAAAAAUGAAAAACAAGUGCAGUGAAUCUGUGUAAAAAAAAAAUGGAAGUAAAAAAACACAUGUGUAUACGUCGAUAGAACAGGCACGUGAACAUCGUGACAUUUUAAUAAGCAAAAAAACAAAGAAUUAAAUGAAAAAAACGCUCGUGCAAUGCAAUGAGAUUGGUUAAAAAAAUAGAAACAUUAUUAAGCUUACGAUAAAACACAGUGUCUCGAAUGUAAAAUUGUGUAUAUCGUAUGUAAUAAAUGACGAAUGGACAACAACACUAAACAAAUUAUUGCUCGCUACAUGAACAGGAGGUCCGACGCCGUACAACAUAGGAGACGUAUGUUACACAAGUUUGCACUUAUAUUUAAACGAAACUUAAAGUAGCCGAUGUACUAAAGCAGAAAGAUCGAGAAAUAAGUGCAUAUCGUGUGUUCACGCCAAUGGUAUUGUAAGGAACCGAGCAUACUCAUCCACAAGACAGAUCGAACGGAUAAUUAGCAGGAUUCAUGGUAAUCGAACAACAGAACAAGUGCAACUUUGGUAAUAAACGUGUCGGAUAGCGAUACAAAUAUUUCGGAGGAGGGAAGGCAAACACGUGAAACGAAGACCCGCAAUGACAUACUGAAACAGAUGUCUAAAAAAUGUGAUAUUGUAAAAUUCACAACUGGAUAUAAUCAAAAUGGAACAGAAACAUCUAUGCGAUUCUAAUAAUUGUUUUUAUGUAAAUGUACCUUGUACUACCGUAUACAGUUCUUCGAUUCUACUAUCCGCAUUGUGAAUAGUGAUGGCUCUAAGUCGCCCGAGGGGGAAAGUGCAUAAUAAUAAGACAGAUUAAACAAAACAAAACAAAAAUUAAAUGUGUAAAGUAAAUUUAAAAAGAAAUUUACACGAUACAUAUGUGGUGUUAUACCAGUGAGAAAUAAAAGAAAAACAAACAAAAGUUUAUCGUAACAAAGAAUGAAAAUGAUGUAAACGAUAUACUGUCUAAGGAACAGUUUUUAAAAAAAAAAAGUAAUCUCCAAUUUUUAAAGUAAUCCAAUUUUUUUAAUAUUACGUUAGCGAUAAAGUCUAAUCAUAUUAUUAUAAUUGUGUAUCUUCAGGGGCGGUUUCGCUCUUGUUAUGAAAGGAAAAAAAAGCGCCUAUUAGCGAUAAUUUUAGACGCAGCCCGCAUCCACUUACGCAAACGAUGAGUAUAAAAAUAAGUAGACGAAAGUAUCGAAAUCGCAUUAUACGGUAAAAUUUUGUUUGCGUGACAAAAUUUUACGAUCAAAAAAAAUCUCUCUCUCGCAUUCGUUAGUUGUAUGUGUAGGUACGUUUUGUAUGUCAUUUGGUAGAAUGGGUAAUGGUGUACAAGAAUUGCCUUUGAACAUACCAACUCUUAAGGUCCGUAGUAUUAUACACCGCAGUGUCAUAUUAUACAUAGUAUAACUAUAUAUAAUGUUUAACACGUUAUAUGCACACUGAAAAUAAUAAGGACGUACGUCAAAGGCAUUUCUUGUGCACGCACAUUGGAACGCAAAACGUGUUUACGUUCUCGAGUGAUACUCUUUUACGUCCUGUUGUUUCUUUUUUUUUUUUGUUUGAAAAAACGAUUCGCCCAUGAAAAGAAUCACUCUUUUUCGUUUCUUUUUUUUUUUUUCUUUUGAAACUUGGAGUAGAGGAACUACAGAAAAAAUUUCCUUGUAAAGUAACGAGAAAAAAAAGAAGGAAAGAAAACGAAAAAUAAAAAAACAAGAACGAUAGCUUUAACAGUUAUCGAGCGAAAAAAUUAACAGCAACUUUUCCGCGCGCUCUCUACGUUGUGUAACUGUAAUUAGCAAAAUUUAUUUGUCGAUCGUUUUGUCUUUUUUUUUUUAUACUGUUUCGAAUAUUAUUUACGAACUGUUAAAUAUGUUUAUUGUAUUAACGGAAAAUGAAAUUAUAAGAUGAACGAUUUUGCGAUCUUUUUAUGCCCUUUUUUGUUUCGUUCUAUUAAGCACACUUUGAUGCUGUAACUCGCCAGUAUUUCGAAUCUUAACGGAGGAACCGAACGUUUUUCUGUGAUUUCUAUCCUCUCACAGUUUCAAAGCUUGUUGAAUAAUUCUUAUGGCUAACAUUGUCUCGCGCAGCAGCCGUGCCAGACUUAAUCGACAAUUAUACGAGUAUCGUAACAUUCUCCAGUGACUUAUAUUAGAUUUAUUUGUAAAACAUUAAAGUAAAAAGAAAAAAGAGAUGAAAGAGAAAAGUCGCUCUCGGCUGCGGCACGAUUCAAAUGUUUCAUGUUUCUGGUUGUUGAAUGUAUUAUAUGUAAGAUUUAAUCAACAAUAGAGACCUGUUGUGGCGUCCAUUUUAAUUCGCGAAUUUCCGUUCGAAAUCGGUUAAUGCACUCUCUGGACAGAGUUCGAUUCCACGAAAAUUGAAUAAUACGAAGCGUCGUGAGGCUUUGAUCAGAAGAUUAGAAUUUAAAAAGAAAAAGGAGAUUUUACGUUGAGAGCUCUUUUUGUAAUUUUCGUUUACGGAGGUAUAUAACAGUGAUCAUUGAAUGAUAUCGGAAUGACAUUGGAUCUUCGCGAUUGCACAUCGUAUACAUAUGCUGAAGUUGUUUCUCGCAUACUGCGGACAGAAUACAAUGUAUGUUUCCCUUUAUUUAAUUACAUUGCAAUUUGUAUUACAUUUAUAGAAUAUCACUGCGUUCGUUCGCGUCAUUGUAUAUUGUCCGGUGUAUUCGUCCUAUUUUUUCUUCCUUUUUGGAUUAUUGCGAGUGUAAAGUGUUUUUGUUAAGUCCUGCGUGUAAUUGCAUUUCUAUUUAUCGGAUCUUCCUCUCACGUAUUUGUUCGUUUAAUUUUAAAUCGCAACACCUCUUUCUCUUCUCAUCGUUUCAUUCCAUAUGUAAACUUGUCCACCGAAAAAAAAGACGUGUCUCUUCACUCCGAUCUUUUCAUCAGCAAAUACUUGCCAUUAUUACGUUAGUUGCCAUAGUUCACCCCGGUUUUGUUUUUGCGGUGGAGCACAGUUAGAUAGACGAAAGAUUUUUAAUGUUAAAAGAUAAUAUACAACGUGCAAACGAAAGAUGGGAUACGAAUCCGCAAAAACUAAUACCAAGACGUAUUUCUGUAAAUAUUAAUUUGCCCAUUAUAUGUAUACAUACAUACACACACGUAUACGUGUAUAUGUAUAUAUAUACAUAUAACACAUUGAUUAUACUAUUAUUAAAAAAAAAAUAUAUAUAUUAUUAAAAAUUGUAACUUUUAUUUUUUAUUUUGUUCGUGUCCUUGUAUCAUUAAUAGCGCUGUUGAUUUUCGGUUGCUUUUAUUACGUUGUAACGCUACAGUAUCGCUGUACAAACGCAUAACAAAAUUCAAUUCUUUGCAUUGGAAACAAAUCUGUGGUUUUUAUAGUGUUAAGCGCAAAUUGUAUCGUUCGAUAAUUUUCACGCAAUUCCGAUCUUCUCUCGAUGAAAUUGUAGGCUCACCGUUUGCUUGGAAUUUGUCUACGCUCAUAUCCUAUACCAAAACAUACGCGAUACAUACGUAUCAGUUUGUACAUCGUCACAGAACACGUAAAGAACAAAGAAAUUGUUAACUGUAUCGUGCCCCGUAGGUAUACGAUGUACUGGUAUGCUUGUUCACGAAUGGAAACGUACAAUUAAGAUUAUACUAAUUGUAAGUAAGCGGCAGACACAACUUUGCGAACUAAUUAUCCGAAUUAGUUUUUUUUUUUUUUCUUUUUUUUUUUAACUGGUUUCCUUUUAACAUAGGGGAGGAUUACAUGCCAUGGCCUUAAAACGUAAACCUAAAAGCUCUAGUAUACAUACAGCGAUAUCUGACAGAUACAUGCAACAGCGUGUACGCUAUCGUUCACAAGUCUGGCGUUAUUCGUAUGUAUCGUUUAAAUUUCAGAUACCUUGAUCUGAAUCUAAAUAAAUAUAGAAAUUUGUACGAAAUCGGCUCGACAAACGAUAUACAUACAUGUAUCAAAUCACGAACGAUGACCUUCGAUUAUUUCUGAUCGUAUAAUCUUCGAUUCGAUUCAUUAUAUUUCAAGUUUGACAUUUACUUAGGUAAAUUCGCCAUCUGAAAUUGUUACGAAUUCGUGAACAUCAUCGAAUCGUUUAAGAUCCUAUAAAUACUUUAUAUCUUCCAAACUUUGGUCUUUAAUAACUUAUCUAUUUCUACGACUCUCUCUCUCUACCUAAUUAUAAAUUGGUCGACAAAACGGUCCCAGACUUUGAAACGACAGCGCGUACGCAAAUCGUUAUCAAUAUUUCUCACGAAGCUUACGAGGGUUAAUCUUUCGAGCAGCUCAAGUAAUUAUACGUUCGAGGGUUUCAGUAAAAUACGCAGUUUUAUUAAAAGGUGCAUCGUUGAACUUCUAUCGGGUGCAGUGUGUCUGUUUCACUAAAAAAAAGACCCCUUUGAUGCUAUCGAACGGAUUGUAACGUAUCAAUUCGGGACAUUAUUUAUUUACAGAAGGCAUAAUAUUUAUAAUCGAGUGUUCCAAAUAUGAAAGAGCAAUUUAAUUUGGACUUUUGAUAGAUAAUGAAAAGACAUCUCGAUAUAUCGACUCGAACAGAUGCUUUAAAAAUCUUUUUUGUAUAUAUUUGUCUCGGUAUACAUGUACUUUCGGAACAUCCGAUGCUUUCUCUAUUUUUGAGCACACAUUUUCUGAAACGUUCCGUGUAAUAAAGAUAGUUAAGGAGUAUAGGGGACACGUUUAGGGGUACGUUGCACCCAAUGGAAGAUUUAGGAGAGGAAACCGAGCAGUUGAGUUAGCGAUUUCACGUGUGAAAAACAUAAACGCAGCCUUACACUGUAUUUUCAUAUAGUACAAGACGAUUACACGGAUACGAUAAUUCACGGGGGAACGUCGAGAGUCUAUCCGAUAAGUUUGUCGUUUUUGUAUCGUCGGGUCUACUAUUUGCCUGAACCUAAGCAAUCAACGCGUUUCGAUGCAAAGAGCAUUUAGUGCUUCCGUACAGAACGAAUGUAUUCAUUGAUUCGAGCAUUUAUCGAUGAACUGAUAAUAGUGUCUUACGCACGUUACCGAUACGACGGACUCGUGAUCCACGUGAAACGAUUAUCAAUUACGUGAAACAAAAGAGGAGAGACCGAACGCUACCGUAAAGAAGGAAAAGUACGAAACAUCUAUUUUUCACGAGAACGUCGAUCGCGAAGAUGUACAAUAAGCUAAAUCACUGUAAAUACGUCGCGCGUAAAUAUCUCACCUAAUUAUUAACGGGUGCGUCGUUCGAAACGUUAUUAUAGGUAACACGGGCAAGGAUUUCUGCUCCUUAAGAGAUACUUUUCUAAGUAGACGAGAGAGCGUUCGAAUGAUUUCCUUUUCUUAGCGAUGUAAGCUCGAUUUCCACGCUUUACAUUACGUAGAAACGAACCAGGAGGAACGAAUGCGAGCGUCGAGUCAGCGAACGACGAGAACAACGGGAAAAUAUAAAAAUAUAAAAUAAAAAAAAAAGAAAUAACGCAUAACAAGACACGAGAGGACGAAUAAUUAACGCGACUUUUGUAUGAGAAAUAAAUCUAACUAAUUUUUUUCACGUCAUUCGCGUUAUCUAGAUGUAAGGGGGACAAGCGUCGUCGCGAUACCAAGUAGACGAAGGGAAAAAUAUACACGGAUCAGGAUCGUUGAUAACGGAAGCAGGAGUAUCAAUCGAGAUCGAACGAAAGCGACUCGUUUCCCUGAUGCGCGAUAGAGGCGAAUUUGCGCGAAUUCACGCGUAAUCAAGGUGUUCGUAAAACGUCUGCACAGGAAUUGAGAGCGGGAUUUUUGUUCCUUUGCACAAAAGAAAGCGGUAUCAUUUUCGCGCGACAUGACAACAAAAUGGCCUAUAGAUAGGGGAAAAUCGUAUUUCUUUUUUUUUUCUUUUUUCUUUUUUCUAGGCGAAACCGACGGACUGUGUAUAGACUCUAGACUGUUAAACUUAACCGAAACCCGACGAUCUGCGGUGGGGCAGAGCGACGAAAUGGAUUCUCGAGGCAAGAGAGACGGUGAAGGGAAAAAGAAACUCGCGCGCACGAUAAUUUAAACAAAUAUUAACUCGCACCUGCACGGUCUUCUUUCCGCGUUACAGUAACGCUCGCGCGGCGACGAGGAACUGUAUUAUUAAAAUGUAUAAUAGACCGUAGCUCGUAAGCCGAAUACGAGGAACUGAUAUCGAUCAUCGACUCGAUCAACGUUCUUUACGAGGCGAUACGGUCAAGCUCAGUUUCACGAAGGACUCGCAGAUGCCCGAACAAAGAGGAUGCGAACAAAAAUUCGUAGCGUUGAUCCCGAUUGCAAGGGACGAGAGGAUCGCAUAUUUUGAGAUAGUGAUUCUGUUCCCUGGCCUCUGGGGAGGGCUAACUCACGAGGAAAAUUUGGUAGUCUCCCGAUAACAGAGUUGGGCAAAAUUUGACUGGAUUAAUAGAUAACGGAUAAAAUCAACCCAUGGGAAUUUAUUCGUGACAUUUGUUCCAUUGGACGGGUAUAUUUUUAAUUCUCCUGCGAGAAAUAUUUUAUUCCAUAAUUCAAAUUGUAAUCUCUAUUUAAUGGGUAUUGGAUCCAUUUAUUCGUGACGUUUGCUCGAGUGGACGGUGAAAUUUUGAAUCCUUCUUUGAGCAAUAUUUCAUUCUAUAAUUCGAAUUGCAAUCUCUAAUGGGUAUUGGGAAAAUUGAUUUGCGAUGUUUAUGCUCUUUUCAGAAAUAUUUCGUUCUGUAAUCCAAAUUAUAUUGGUCGGCUAAAUUUAUAUUUCCUUAUGAAUUAUUUCUUAUUUCAUUCUAUGAUUUACUUACGACGAGUAUACGUCCACUUGCGGCGUUACAUUAUGCAGUGAAAUUUUUUAUUUUCGUUUAAGGGAUGCAGGGAUGGAUCAUUUUUAUCUAAAUACGAAUUUUGCCCACCUCUGAUACGUGUUCCCGAUAAAGCACUCGGAAUGUUCGUUUUUGUGUUCGUUCAUUUAAAUUUGUCUGCUUUCAAUUGCGCCGUGCAUUGUAUUCAAACUUUGUACGAACAAGAUCUGUUCACUCGUCUUCGUCCAUUUUUAAUUACUCUCGGUACAAAAAUAUCGUGUUAUCGCUUCCAAGCGGUGGAAUGAUGUUACUAAGCUGAGUUUGUGUUAAGAAUCCAAUCAAAACUGACCCAGUAAACGAAUCACGUUUAAUUCGUUUGUCCGUUUAAAUUCGCGAAAUUGAAUUGACUGUAUCGUUUCGCGCACGCCUGUAUCAUAAUGAAACGCACGAAUUACCAUGUGUCAUAUACAUAUACAUAUAUAUAUACAAAAUCUAUAUAUAUAUAUAUAAAUAACAAUAACGAUAAUAAUUAAGUACUUUACACGUGUAAGCAGUAUCCAAGAAAAUCCGAACUAGUUGCACCAAGUGCCAUAGUCCAUAGGUCACAGUACGUUUAACAUAGGAGGGAGGAAGUCGUUGCCGAGGAAAACGAAAGGAGCGUAUUAAAAGAGAAAAAAAAAUGAAGAAGAAUCAAGCGAAAUGAAAAAUUAGGUUGAACUACGGGGGUACGUGGUUCGACGGCGACGACCGAGUCGCGUUCUUGACGCUUUAUUGUUGAAGCGAAACGCGAGACGCGGGGAAAAAAGGGUGAACAGUCGGCUAAAGAACACGAGGAAAUGAUGGUGGGAAUGGUCGUGUGGUCCAUAUUCGCGACACGAGAUUCCCGGUGGGCCGGUUUCGCCCAUCACGACGAACGUUUUAGAACUUACAGACACACCAAUAUGACAAUAUGCUAUGAAAUUAAUUUCCGGUCCUGUUGCUCGGUUGUAACUAAUACCCCCCCCCCCUCCCCCAGACCCCCUGAAACUAUUCACAAUCCACCCGAGAGAAUAAAAGAUAAAGAGAAGACAAAACGAAAGAAAGUUUAAAAGGAAAACUGCAGCCUCUGGACAUCCGUUAAUUGUACAUUUUCGCCACGUUUAUUUUUCAACGCGUUAGUAUGCGAUUAGACACCGUGAUCCCGGCUCCCAAAUAAAUCCGUGCAUUUUGAAAGCGAGGGAGAGUGAGAGGCAGAGCGCGAGAGAGGGAGAGAAAGGGUGAAACACUGUAACACAUGGCCAAGGAUGGAUCGAACGUGGUGGUGCGUGUGACCUUUGCGAGACAUUAUCAAUUACCUUAAACGAAAAAUAAGAAAAAAAAAAAACUGUAGUAACGUCGCAAUUGUAUGUUGUAAACAUUACUAUUUCAAAUAUACUGUCAUUAUUAACAGGA